CUCUGUGGUCACGGUAUUAUCCAGGCGCGCGCUUAAAAGCAUGCUUCAUAGCCUCCGGUAGUGCGGUACACGGAACCACGUGUGGAACACGGUAAAGGGUUGCUGAAAGCCCCUAUUCGUUCGACGGGAUCGUGCGAAGAAGAAGACGGCUGCAAUACGGGCCCCAGAAGAAGCGGCAGGUCAAUUACCGGCGCCAUGACUUCGUCGCCGACUUCGAGCGAGCCCCGGCGGAAAAGCUCGGUCAGCCCGGUCAUCAGCAGCUACGUCCUCGCCCCGGAGACUCCGGCGGCAGAACUGCGUAAAGAGAGUGGUCCGACGACGCGGUACAUCGGGACCGGGUCGGGCAGCCCGCUGGUACACCACUACCGCCUGGCGUCGAGCGACAACCCGCUCCGCAUGCGCCGGUCCGCCUCUGUCAGGGCAAACUCGAACCCCCGACCCGUGCUACUCGAUAGCUCGGUCUCGAGCCGCGACGCCGAGGUGCCGACCGUGGCGUCGCAGGACGCAUCGGGCCACAGGCGGCUCGAGUACCGGCUCUUCCUGCUGGCCAUGAGCUCAGUGACCCUAAUGGUGGCGCUGCUGCAACCUCUGCUCCUGUACCGCUCCCUCGUGCCGUGCACGGAGCCCAGGUGCUUUAGCGUCGCACUGCCCGUUCGGGAGGCUCUUCAGGCGUCGGUGUCCCCCUGCGCGGACUUCUUUCGGUACUCCUGCUCCGGCAUCGACUCGGGCUUCUCGGAGAAGGUGAGGCACUCGCUGAGGCUGUCCACCCUCAGCCUGAUCUCCGAACUGCCCGCGAGUCCGGGGCAGAGCGCCGUCCGGAAGGCCGGCAUCCUGCUUCGGAGUUGCUUGAGGCUCGUCAAUCAGAAGCCCGAAGACAUCGACGGGAUCAGGCACGUGCUUAAGAUCGGCGGCCUCAGGUUCCCCGCGCUGCCCCAGACGAGCACGUCUUCCGUCCUGCGGGGCGUGGUGGACCUGAAUCUGCACCUGGGCAUCGCCGUCCUCUUCCGAUUAACGGUGGGCCGGGACCUAAAGCACAGAGGACACCACAUGCUCUACCUGGCCAGAAACGACGACCUCGCGGGCUUCGUGCGCUACCUGGGCCGGCUGGAGGCGAGCCAGUCCUUGGACGACUACGUGAGGCGCUGCGCCGAAGUGAUCGGCGAGCGCGGGAUGUCAUACGCCCGGCUCAUCGACGCCGUGCGCCAGACGAACCGCCGGUUCGUGCUGACCCUGGACGACGUGGUCGAUGGCGGACCCGUCUUCUACGCUCCUCCCACCCAGGUGGGCGCCUUUUGGACGGGCAUCUUCAAGGGGCUGCAGAGCGAGUUCCGCAACCUGCCAAAUGUGUCGAAGGAGCUGUUCGUGCUGCACAGCAACUACUUCAAUGCGCUCGACGAGAUCUUCUUGCAGCAGCUCGAGCCGAGGCUGCUCUCCGCCUACGUGGGCCUCUACGUGGUCUGGUAUCUAAGCCGCCUGGGCUCGCACUCGCUGGCCUACCACAUCAGCGUCCAGGGCUACACCUCCGGCCUGAAGGACGUGUGGACACGCUGCUUCUCGGACGUCUACAGGCUCAUGCCCCUAGCCAUCGAGCGCCUGUACCUGGAGGGACACCUGAAGGCCGACGACGUGCACGAGAUGGAGGACAUGCUGCGAAGGAUCACACACGCUACGGGCGUCUUCCUGGCCUCGCUGGACCGGAACACGGGCCGUCUGCAGACCAGGCUGGCUUCCCUGGGUCUCUUCGCGUUCGGAGCACAAUCCACCAGGGCGCUGGGAGACGUGGACCGGCUGUACGACCACGUGCCGGACCAAAGGGACGAGGCGUUCCUAGACGGCUUCCUGAACGCGUCGCGGUCGACGGCCCAGCACGCCCGGCACCUGCUCCGGAUCCCGGCGGAGGCCCAGGGCGGACCGUUCCUGCCCCCGUUCCUCGCCGAGCUGCCCCACAUGGCCGGGGUGCACCACCUGAUCCCGCUAGGGCCGGACGCCGUCACGCCGCCGGCCUUCACCUUCGACCAAUCGCCGACGCUCAACUACGCCGGGCUCGGAGGCAGGAUCGGAGCCCAGCGUACGACGAAACGUCGGGACGCUGAAGUCUCCUUCCCAGGUGAAGCGGCUUCUGCUGAGCAAGCCCCGGCUGCUGAACGAGUCCGGCCUGUACGAGAGAGUCUGGUCGACGGGCCUGGUGAACGCCAUGCGCGAGCGGAUCCAGUGCCUGCGCAGCCGCUUCCUCUCGUACCGCUGGGAAAGCCAGCACGUCGGCGACGACCUCAUCCGGACGGCCAUUGUCACGCACAUCGUGUACACGGCCUUCUCGAGCGUGCUGGAGUCUCCGUCCGAUUCCGGCCGGUUCCUGUCCGAGUCCCAGCGGUUCGGCAUGUCUCCCGAGCAGCUGUUCUUCGUCGGCAGCUGCCUCAACUGGUGCCGCGACCUCGGGGCGUUGGACGGCGGCCGCCCCGCGGCCAGGGUCAGGGUGCGGGACAAGUGCCGCUUCUCGCUCAUGGUCCUCGGAAGCUUCGCGAGGGCCUUCGGCUGCAGUCGCAAGGCCGGCGUCGAGGACUGCCUGAACGGAGGACGCCAGGACGACGGCACUGUGCUGGCGGACACAACCACGUCGCCUUUUUAGAUGCGCCGUCGGGCCGCGGCCCGUCCAGACAACGUAGUCUCCUGGAUCUGCGGGAGACUAUCGUUUGUCCAGGAAUGCUCCCUCGCCAAGUUACUCUCGCGACAGUUUUAACGAGGGAUGAUAUAAUUAUUAAGUUUUUGUUCUAAUUUUGUUUUGCUUUUAGACCGUUGCCACACGCUGCCUUAACGCCUGUCGGGCGAAAGCCGUGCAGUCAAGUAAAUAAAUAAAUCGAUAUUUAAAGAGAAA